GACAGCGAACGAAGCUUUGAAGGCAAAGCAUCGCGUAUGAAGUAUAGCAUUCGGAGCAUCGCCGUUAAAUGCGGCAAGGCAACAACAACAAAUUAGUUGAAUAGCAGCAGCCGACAGCGACAGACUGUGAGUCGUCUACGGCGAAGUGUUAAACAACGGGAAACUGCGACAAAUCCGGGCAAAUUUGUGUGCGUGCCUUUAUGUGUGUGUGUGUGUGCGUGUGUGUGAGAGAGUGUGUAAAGCAUAUGCUUUAUUCGACCAACUUUAAAUUAUAAAUAAACAAUGCGCCGCCGAUAAAUUUAACACCAAAGAGCAGCGAAAGCGAGCACAAAACUACAUCUUAAGCAAGAAUCUCAUUUGGACUUCAUUCGCAUAUCUAAGGACUGCUGCCUCAUAAUAUAAACUUGACGCAAGCAAUUUAAGCACAGAGGGCUGACACCUGGCCCACACACCUGGCACGCAACCACCCAGCAAGCCCUCGGCCACAAUCUCCUAGGGGGUGGCACUACCAGCAACAUGUACGGCAUGCUAUAUGAGAGCGUGCAGCACUAUAUACAGGAGGAGUACGGCAUGGAGACGUGGAAGAAGAUAUGCCAGAUAGUCGACUGCAAGCACAACACCUUUAAGACCCAUCAGAUAUAUCCGGACAAGCUGAUGCCGGAUAUUGCGGCGGCCCUUUCGGCCUGUACGGGCGAGUCCUUUGACUUUUGCAUGAACUUCUUUGGCAGGUGCUUCGUGCGAUUCUUUAGUAAUUUCGGCUACGACAAGAUGAUACGUUCGACGGGUCGCUAUUUUUGUGAUUUUCUGCAGUCCAUCGAUAAUAUACACCUCCAGAUGAGAUUCACCUAUCCGAAGAUGAAGUCGCCCAGUAUGCAAUUGACCAAUAUGGAUGAUAAUGGAGCGGUCAUAUUAUAUCGAAGUGGACGAACGGGUAUGUCGAAAUAUCUCAUUGGCCAGAUGACGGAGGUGGCAAAGGAGUUUUAUGGCCUCGAAAUGACAGCUUAUGUAAUAGAAAGCCAGAACGAUAUUUGCGGCGGAACAGCGGGACCAAUCAAGCUGACAGAGGGUCCUCUAACGGUUAUAGUGAAGUAUCGUCUGGACUUUGAUAACCGCGACUAUAUGGCUAAGCGUGUCAACAUUGUCGCCCAUCCCACUCAGCUUAAGAUGCCCCCUGUAGACUUGAAUGUCUUUCUGGAGCUGUUUCCGUUCACGUUUGUUUUGAAUCACGAUAUGAAGAUCACUUUAGCUGGCGAGAAGAUUAUUGAGACUUGGAUAUUGCAUAAUCCGGGAGUUAAUCCAAAAAGCUUCAUUGGCACCCAUGUCAUGGAUGUGUUCAAAUGCCGUCGUCCGAAGGACACAAAGAUUGAUUGGAACACCAUUCUACAGAUGCGAACGGUUCUCUUCGAGAUGGAGCUAAUUCGCACCGGGCACAAUCGGGAUGCCUACGACGCGGCUCUGAACAUGGACUAUGAGAAUUUUGACGAAAUGAGUUUAAACGAAGCCCAGACCAUGGCACUGGCUAAGGCCGAUGAGUUUGAGAAGGAGCAAGAGAAGGAACAAGAAGAAGCGGCAGCUACCAAACGUGAUGAGAUCGAUCCAGCCACAGGACAACGUAGGCCUUCAGUGGGUCUGCGUUCUAUUCUCCUGAAGGGACAGAUGUUCUACAUCAAGGAUGUCGACUCGUUAAUUUUCCUAUGCAGUCCCCUUAUAGAGAAUUUGGAUGAGCUGCACAGCAUUGGCCUGUACCUGAAUGAUCUGAAUCCACAUGGUCUGAGCAGAGAACUUGUCAUGGCGGGCUGGCAGCAUUGCUCCAAACUGGAGAUGAUGUUCGAAAAAGAAGAACAGCGUUCCGAUGAGCUAGAAAAGUCCUUGGAGUUGGCCGAUUCCUGGAAGAGGCAGGGAGACGAACUUCUCUACUCGAUGAUUCCGCGUCCAAUUGCGGAACGAAUGCGUAUGGGUCAAGAGCACGUCUGCCAGAGCUUUGAAGAGGUCUCCGUUAUUUUUAUUGAAGUUAUGAACAUCUACGAUAGUGGAUCAACCAAUGUACAGGAAGCAAUGCAGGCGGUAAACACCCUAAAUAAAGUCUUCUCCGCGCUGGACGAAGAGAUCAUAUCACCUUUCGUCUACAAGGUGGAAACUGUGGGCAUGGUCUACAUGGCAGUGUCCGGGGCACCAGAUAUCAAUCCCCUGCAUGCCCAGCAUGCCUGCGACCUAGCUCUGAGGGUCGUCAAGAAGGUGAAGUCCCACAAUCUGCCGGAUGUGGCCAUUCGAGUGGGCAUCAACUCUGGCCCAGUGGUGGCGGGUGUUGUGGGCUUGAAGGUGCCACGGUAUUGUCUCUUUGGCGAUACUGUGAACACGGCCUCACGCAUGGAGAGCAGCUGCGAUCCUUGGAAAAUACAAUUAUCUAACUAUACGGCCAUGAAAGUGCGAGAUGUGGGUUACAAGGUGGAGGCACGCGGCUUUGUAAAAGUCAAAGGCAAAGGCGAUAUGGAAACCUAUUGGUUGCUUGAGGGACCAGAAGAAUAAUAAAUCUGUUACUGAACUUUACUAACCAAUAAAAAUAUAUGUAUAUUUG